GGGUCAGGGGGGUUUUGGGGACCCCAAAGCUUUGGGGGUUCAGGGGGAUUUGGGGGACCCCAAAGUUUUGGGGGCUCCUGGUGGCUUCAAGGUCCCCAACACCCUGGAGGCCCCUGAUGUCCCGGGGGACCCCAAAGUUCUGAAGGACCCCAAAGCCUUGGGAGACCCCAAGGGCUUCUCUGCCCCGGGGGUCCUCAAUGCCCUGGGGGGCCCCAAAGUCCUGACGAACCCCAGCGUCCCGAAGGACCCCAGAGCCCUGGAGGUCCCCAACAGGUUGGGGUUCUCCAACACCUUGAGUGACCCAGUUGACCCCAACGCCAUGGAGGUCCCCAAGGGUUUCCAUGACCCGGGGGUCCCCAACGCCCUGGAGGUCCCCAACACCCUGAGGGACCCCAAAGGCUUUCGUGACCCAGGUGUCCCCAAUGCCCUGAGGGACCCCAAUGCCCUGGAGGUCCCCAACACCCUGAGGGACCCCAACACCCUGAGGGACCCCAAAGGCUUCCAUGACCCAGGUGUCCCCAACACCCUGAGGGACCCCAAAGGCUUCCACGACCCAGGUGUCUCCAACGCCCUGGAGGUCCCCAAAGGUUUCCAUGACCCGGGGGUCCCCAACACCCUGGAGGACCCCAACUCCCAGGAGGACCCCGACGCCCGGGUGGUCUUCGUCCUCCCUGCCUUCGAGGUGCGGGCUGGGACGGCGUUACCGGGCUCGAAGGCGGAGCUGCUGCGCCUGUGGGACGCGGGGGACGCCCGUCCCUUCUACGGGACCUUGUGCCCCCGCUGCCAGGCCCCCACCGACUUCGGGCGCUGGCGGGCGCUGCCCCCGCCCCCCCGGCUGCGCGUGGCCUACGAGGUGCCCUGGAGGGACCCCUGGGAGCCCUUUUACGUGGCCCCGGCCCGGGGGGUCCCUCCCUUCGACGAGAGGUUCCUCCAGUACGGCUUCAACCGCAUCAGCCAGGCCUGUGAGCUGCACAUGGCCGGGUUCCGUUUCGCGGUGCUGGACGGGGCCUUCGUGGCCCACCGGGGCUUCAAGGAGCCCGGGGGGUUCCACGGGGGCCGCGAGGCCGAGCUGGACCACAACCGGCAGCUCUUCCGGAGCUUCCGCGCGGAGCUGCCCCGGCGCUACCCCGGCUCGGCCCGGCGCUGCUGAGACCCCCCGGGUCACCCUCACCUGGGCACCUGGCCCUCCUGGGGACCCCCAUGGACACCUGACCCACCUGGGGUCACCUGAUGGACACCUGACCCUCCUUGGGAUCC